GGGUUAAUCUCUGCCUCCUCUACUCUAUGCGCACCCCAUUGAAGAUGUAAACACAUAAGUAUAGGUAAACCCGCAUAGGGGUAGGUUCAGUCAACGCGGCGCGCGGCCGCGAACGGACGCAGGCCGUUGCUCACGUCAAAAAUAAAAAAUAAAAAAUCAUUUUUUUUUUCUAUCUCUACACAGCCCUAAAAAGUUUUUAUCAGCCAGUGCUUGAAGAAUGCGGCGCAACUAAUGUUACUUUUUUUUCGGCAAAUUUUUUUCAAGCGCAGUUUCUUUUCUCAUUAUUCUCUUGUUCAUCGUUAGGUCGUGUGGUGAAAUGUGAAAGUAAAUUUGUUAUGCCUUGGAUGUGGCGAUAGUCUGCGGGGACCCAAUAAUACAACAUGGCCGGCUCCCGAGAAAAAUUGCUCUACGAACGAAACGCGGAUUACCGAUAUGAAAGACGACAGGAGCACCGCUACGAACACUACAGAACACAGCCCCGCCGGAAAAACGGAUACGUAUAUGAAGAUAUCUAUUCAGAUUUCGACGAAGCGCAAGGCCGGCUUUCCCUAUUCCGGCCCAUCAGACCCGAAUAUCUAAAUCUACCUACGACCUACGAUAAGUACAAUUCGCUUCCACGCUACGGGUACUAUGAGGACCGGCAACAACAUAGAAAGAAAGAUUAUUACGACUUCAGAAUCGAACAGGAGAGACGACGACCUCGGGAAACUUAUGAACCUUACAGAAAAAGACCUGAACGACGCUUAGAAAGCAUCGAAAUGAGCAACGAGCCUAAAAUUGAACCUAGACACGAACCUAGACCCAAAAUGGAAAAUAGAAAACCUAAAAUCGAAAUGAACGCGAAAAACGUAGCUGUUUGCAAGCCUUUAAGAUUGACUGAGAAAAAUGCACGAUAUUGGACUACUGAUCCUCCAGAAAAACCUAAAAAACGCCCUGAUGAAGUUAAGAAAAACGUUAAAUUCUCUGAAGUAUCAGGUUGUAAUAGAAAGAUGGUGAUAGAUGACCCGGUAUGUGGUAGGAAAGUAGUUCCUGUGAGAGAAUUGGAGGUAUCCUUAGACCAGAUGAUUCAAAACGGGUAUUUUGAGAAGCAUAACAUACCAAUUUCGAGACCGGUGAAGGAAGAGGAGCCGGUGAGGAAUGGAAAACCUCCGGGGAUAGAAGCCACUCCAGUAAGGCGCACAAGACAUCUGCCUCAGGUGUUGGCAGCAUUAGCAGUGUCCCUAGCUCCAUUCUCCGCCGGGUUGGGUAAAGGAUACAGCUCACCUGCCAUCGCCUCCCUGCAAGGGCCAGGAAACGCUACCAGAAGGGACUUCCAGCUCACAGACCAGCAGGCUUCUUGGCUCGCUUCUCUGUCGUUCCUGGGGGCCCUCUUCGGUGGCAUGGCUGGUGGAGCAGCAAUGCGGCAUGGACGCCGACGCGUGCUGUCACUCGCUGCAGCACCCUGCAGUCUCUCCUGGCUUCUGACUGUUCUGGCUACUUCUGUCCGAAUGAUGUGCAUCACGGCAUUCUUGGGAGGCUUCUGCUGUUCCAUUCUCACCAUGCUUUCUCAGGUGUACAUAAGCGAGAUAUCUGUCCCGGAUAUCCGCGGCUGCCUCAGCGCCGUGCUCAAGAUCGUCGGGCAUCUUGGAGUCCUGUUCUCCUUCACCAUCGGUGCCUACCUCGACUGGCAGCAGCUCGCCCUCUGCAUCUCCGCCGCUCCUCUACUUCUCUUCUGCACCAUUCUUUACAUACCAGAGACCCCGAGCUAUCUCGUCCUUAUCGGAAAAGAUGAAGAAGCUUACAAAAGCCUCCUCUGGCUUAGAGGCCCCAACUCCGAUGUCGCUCAAGAAUUAGCAACUAUAAGAACGAAUGUCCUGGCUAGCAAAAACUUCAGUCAACGACAGAGUCAAAUGUCUAGCAGUCAAUUCAUCAGUUCUUUAGAUGUUAAGUCGAUGAAUAGAUUGCUAGGUCCGAUCUUAGUGACAUGCGGCCUUAUGAUGUUUCAAAGAUUCUCGGGUGCUCAUGCAUUUUCUUUCUACGCCGUACCUAUUUUUCGGAAGACUUUUGGAGGUAUGAACCCGCAUGGAGCCGCUAUAGCUGUGUCAUUUGUACAACUGCUAGCUUCGUGUUUAUCCGGACUUUUGAUUGACACGGUUGGUCGCCUACCUUUACUAAUACUUAGUUCAGUGUUAAUGUCAAUGGCCUUAGCUGGAUUUGGGAGCUACGCGUACUAUGAAGAAGUCCACAGAAAUCAACGAAUCCAGAACGUGAUGUUCCACCAGACUGGUCAGAAUGACUGGAUACCUCUUCUCUGUGUCUUGGUUUUUACUAUAGCAUUCUCUUUAGGCAUGAGUCCUAUUUCCUGGCUGCUUAUAGGAGAAUUGUUCCCUUUGGAGUACAGGGCGUUUGGCAGCGCCAUGGCAACGGCUUUCAGCUACCUCUGUGCUUUCGUAGGCGUCAAGACUUUUGUCGAUUUCCAACAGGCAUUGGGUCUUCAUGGGGCUUUCUGGUUAUAUGCAACAGUAAGUGUGGGGGGUCUUUGUUUUGUUGUGUGCUGUGUGCCCGAGACGAAAGGAAAAGACUUGGAUGAAAUGGAUCCGAAUUAUGUCCAGAGUUUGUCACCGAAAAGGUAGGCAGUUUAGAAAUCGCAAGUCGAGGUGGUCUCUCUCAGACUUGAUAAGAGUGAUAGUGUGAACUAAUCUGGAUUUAAUCAAGUGUCGUUUUAUAGAAUGUUGGGGUAGAUGUAGGCAGCGAGGAAUAGAAAGGAGUUUUGUAGUGUGAUGAAUGAAGGGAAAUUGAAACAUGGUAGGAAAGUAGGGAGGCAACAGUAAUUCUAAAUAAGCUAGUAUUCAAAUGUUGAAAAAAACGGAACAGAUUUUUCCCACGAGAAACGAAAUACUUAAGGUACCUGUCAUGUGUAUUUAGAUACUGAUUUAGCGAGAAAAUUACCAGAAUGUUGCCAAAUACUCCAAGUGUCUACGAAAAAGAAAAUACCAAUAAAAUUAAUCAACAAUAACUUCUUAAUUUGGAAUUACUGUUAAAAAUCGGAACUGAAGUUGAAAGUAGAAGGUCGAUUCUGGUUUAGAGAAAUGCCUAAAUUGGACAAAAAUAGAUUGAAUUAGCGGAUUUUAGAAGGGCUUGUGAGGGUGUGAGUUCAAUAUUUAGCAACCAUGUAGGAACAAAUAAAUCGAGUCCACCGCAAUGUUUUGGCUGUGCUUAUUACAAUUUUUUAAAUAAAUAUCCACCUCGUAUUCGGUGGUCCCCUAAAGUUUUUAGUAAAACUCGCAUAUCCUAGUCGAAUCAUAUCUAAAAUAUGUUUAGUUUAUCUAUUUUAAGAUUGCAGUGGUCCAUUCUUUACCUCUCUAAAUUAAAUCCCUUUAGAAUUCUUAAUGUUAGUGAAGAGUAUUUUCCAGAAUUCCCUAUAGUAAAAGUUAUUCUCUACUCGUAACUUAUAAAAUACUGGAUAUUUUAUCGAGCUUCCCUACUAACUAUAUGACAAUACAGAUAAGACAAUAAUAAUUUAACUAUAUUGGUAUCUUAAGUGGGAAAUUGAUUGACGAGUAAAUUAAUGCACACUUCUUGAUAACUUUCACAAACUCUAAAAUUUUGAGUGACAUGAACUAAAUAAGUAGAUGGUUCUAGAGAUUAAUUUUGCAUAUUUACUCGAAAAUUAAUAAGACCCAUGACAUAUUGUCAUUAUUUACAUUUAGUAUAGAUGCUGUUGACUUUCUGAGAUUCUAUUAGAUCAUCAUUUAAAAAAAGUAGCUCUUAAUUUUUUGUCCGUUUAUAUUAUUGGACGCCUUGUAGAGAAAAGGCUUACACAAAUUGAUGCAUACAUUUAUAGUUUGGUAAAAUCUGCCUGGGAUUGAUAACAAUAACUUCCGAAAAAUCGGUGUAGGUACAUGAGUGCUAACCUCUAGCGUAGCGGCCCACAAGAAAAAUUGGCAAUCAAAGAAUACAAUACAAAACAAAUAAUAUUUAUUGCAAACCUCAAUGAAAGAAGACAAUACAAAAAAAAAUACAAGCAGAGGUAAAAUGAGGUAUACAAGAAUCAAUGGUAUUAGAAAAUAGAACUGAAUUUACUUCGUUUUGAAAUCGAACGAAACAAAACAAAAGUGAAACAGCAACUCUGAUCCAUUUAAUAAUGAUUAAUGAGUUAAAUGAUUUAACAUUGUCAGUAAUUUGUACCAGUAUUAGGACCGUGGGACGAUAGAGGAUAAUAGUCUCAUUUGCAGUGAUGUCAAUGGAUUUGAUCUAGUAACGGCAUCAAUUGGUAUAAGCCUUUAUAAUAUCAAUAUUUUUCAUAAUACAUUUACUUGUUAUUAAAAUAAACCCUAUUUAAUUGUUUACUUCUAUUUACAGGAUUGUUAAAAUACAAAAAUUAACCUAAAAAUGUACCUAUGCUUAACCAAUAUGUUUCGAAUCUUAUUGUUCUCUAUAACCCUGUCCAAGGAAAACAGUAUUUUGAAAAUAUUAAAUCAGACAAUAAUUUUAGGAAUAAGUUCCGACAAGUUUUUUUAUCAGCAACGAUUAAUAACUUGAAGGAUAACGUAGUACCUUGGGCAGGAUUUAAAAUUACGUUAACUAUAUAGAGAAAUAUUUUAAUAAGUCUUCAGAAUCUUCCACGAUUCCUUCCUAUCUAUAUUUCCAUAUUUAGAAAAGCAUAAUUCAACAUAAUAGUUAUAUUUAAUGUUUUAGGGGAACAAAUGUUUCGUUUAGCGCAUGUACUUAUGAUGUAAAUAAGAUUUUGUCUUAGAUGUAUGUUUGUGCGUUAUUUGCGUAAAGCGACGUGUGAAAAGCAAUUUAGAAUAGAUUGAGGUAUUUUGGUUGUCUAAAAUUCCACUUGGUUAUAUGUAUAUGAAAAUAUGGUGUUUUUUUUUCGGGCAUAAAGAAAUAUGCGUAUGCGUAAAUAUCAACCGAGUGUAACGUAUAGACGACGUCAAAGAUAUGUUUUUACAUUUUUCGCCUUAUUACAAAUUAAGGUGCAUAAGUGUAAACAUAUCUUUGACGUCGACUGUACCUAAGGAUGUAUAAGUAGAUUUUUGUUACAUUUUAUACAAAUAGCUCCCAUUCAUUUUUAUGAAUGAUACUGAUACUACUACUGAUACUGUUGUACUGAUUUUUCAGUGAUUUCCAUAAGCCAAAUUUCUAAAGAGAAACAAUAAUAUCACGACAUAAACGUGAUAAGUAGUGAGACAGCCAAGUUCUGGAACGUACUUAUACUACUUACUACAAUCAAAUAGAUCAAUGAUGAUCGAGCAAUUUGCUAAACAUGUUCUAUGUAAAUAUUAAUUUAAUAUUACAAGCACCACAAUUGUCAUAAUAACCAAGAAAACCAAUUUUAGGCAACUAUAAAUACCAAUCUGUGAAAAAAUGGGCUUUGCUGUUCUAUAAUUGCAUUUUAAAUCUUUUAUACGUUGAAAAAAUGCAAAAAUGCGGAAUAAACAUUCAAAAUGUAUGUGCCUCUAAAAUAUUCAAAGCAAACAUUUUUAACUGUUUAUUCUCAAGAAUGAGUCCAAGUUAGACGGUUGCCUUUCUUGUUUUACGCCUGCCAAUUACUAGUUGUUAGAAAAUGUAUAACUAUUAUUUACUAUUUACAAAUAAAGUAUUUCAUUUUCAAUAAAGUAGGUAUUACAAUUGGUAAGUACUUAAAAUAUCUGUAUUUCUGGAAUGUAUUAUUACAUCAAAAUAUAAUAGACGUUUACUAAAUGUUGGUUCAUGAGCAAAAACAUGGUUAAGGUUAAAACAAAAAACAACUUGUCAAUACCUGUGCUUAAGUCCGUACAUAAAUGCAAUAAAGUUUUAUUUAAUCGUUUUUUACACCAUAUUGCAAAAAAUAUAUAUUAUACAUAAAAACGGUACUUCAAUUGUUUAUUUUUGAUUAUUUUGUUGACUCUUGAUUUAAUUUGGACUUUCAAAAUUACAAAAAUAAUUAGGCCUCGAAUGACUGAAUAAUCAAGCCCAAAAAAUUAAUAAAACCUAAAAUAUAUGAUAUCUUUAAUAGGUCAAAAGGGAAUGGAACACCAUUUUAUAAGAAGCGAUAAGAAUGGGAAUUGGAAUAAAAGUAUUAAAACAAUAAUAACAUUGGCUUAAAGAAGAAUAUUAACAAAACUAAAAUUAAAUUACGAGUAAAAACAAUAAUAUUGGAUAGUGUUUGAAAGUAUUUCCACCAAAAUAUGGGCAGAUAUUUUGUUAUUGAUAUAAAGUAUCAAUAUCAUUGCCUAAAAAUAGUACUACGAAUAUUGGUUGCAAGUGGAUUACGAACAAUUAAGUAAAUUGAAUUAAAAUUGGAAUAAAUUAAUAGACAAAUAAUAGGUUGUGAAUUUAUACAUUUUCUAGAUUUUAUAAUAAUAAAUUACAUAUUCCUAAAGAAUAAAAAUAGUCACUUAUUUCAAUAUUUUGAAGCUUGCUUGCAGUAGAAAAGUAAUUAUUUCCGUAAAUAAUCUGCAACAGUAAAACUAUAACUGGUAUAUUAUUUUCAAGUCACAUAAUUAAAUUACUUUACUUCAAUUAAAUUUAAAAUUUAAUCAAAAAUAAUCAUUAAAUAUAAUCAAGACCUACGUUAUGCAAACGAAAAACACAUUUAAGUAUAUAGGUAGUUAUAUUUAGCUUAUAAAUUAGAUUGCUAAUAUUUUAUAAAAGAGCGACAAAAAAAAAUAACACGUAGUGGAAAAUCGACGCUACUUUCAAAAAACAUGCAACCAAAACUAUUAAGUUUAGCCUUUUAGCUAUUAUUGUGAAGUGGUAGAAGUGUGCCUGUUCCUAGACUAAAUAAUUUCAGUAGAGCCCGUCUACGUUAAGUCUGCAGUGGCUUUGCAAUAGCAAAGUGUGGCGGCGCCACCAUAAACGUAUUAUAAAAAUAUGACAUCAUAUUUCAAACAGAAACUCAGUAUCAGAUUUUAAAUAAAUUAUGAUAGAAAAUAAUAAAAUAAUUACAUUAUAUAGGUAAUAAUUCAGUAAAAAUAUGAUUAUAUUUUUGUUACGACAUUAAUAUGGUGGCGCUGCCAUACUUUACUAUAACAUUAAAUUGCUGUGAAGUCACUUUAGACUUAACGAAGACUGAAUAUAGUAAAGCUUAAAAUUAGCACUCGUUUAUCUUUCGUUUAUUUAUUACUGUCAUCAGUGUCAUACUUGUAUUUUAAUUAAUGUUAUAUAUAAAUCAUACAUCGUAUUUGUUUAUAAUCACCAAGGUUAUUUGAUACAAUUUUGUAAAGCUGUUUCUAAUAUGGGUAAAACAUUUCUCUCAUAUCAAAUUGCUUAAUUUUAUAUGAAGUUACAUAUCAAGCAAAAUUAACAUUAAAAAAAUACUUUUUCCCAUAUCUUAAACAGCUCCGUUAGAAAAAAUAUUAGGUAUUAAGAUAGAAGGCUUUAACUAGCUUAGUGUUUCCUUAAAAGACUUUAGAUUGUACAAAAUAAUCAAUUAUAAUACAUAAAACAUUUUUACAAUACACACGAUUCUUCUUUUCACGAUUCAGCUAAAACGUAAGGUUCGCAACGAAUUCAGUAUUAUUACGUUUUAGAGGGCAUAAUGUGUUACAUCGUGAGUAAAUGUUGACACUUAUUUGUGGCUUCUGUUCAAAUAUGUAUUUAAGAAAAAAGAUUUAGACGGAUUUAGAACAUCUUCCUUUUUUUAAUAGUUAAUGCAUCGACAAAAAAUAAUAAUUUACUUCAUUAUAUUUUACUAACAAAAUUUGUCUUAAAAGAAAUCAAAAAAAUGCAGUAGUAAAACUUAUUUAUAUUCCAAUGUAACGCUUAAGUGGCUACUGUGAUGUUGCUUUUGUCCAUGGGUGACGAUGACCGCUUCCCAUCAGGCGGCUCGUCUGCUUGUUAGCUGACUAUCACACGUAGGCUUUAAGUAAGUGUCAACAUUUUAAAGCCGACCACCUAACAUAUAUAUUAUUCUUGUAAUCUAGCAUAUUUAGCAUUUUGCUCAAUACAAAAUUAUGCUGCCUGCAAUGCAAUAGAACAUUGUCACCCAUAUUGAUAUGUCAAUAUUUCCAAUAUGACAAUUCGGGGGGGUGCGUGAUAUUAGUUUUGACUUUUGUCUACCUUAACUAUUAAGGUACACUAAGAUUGAAAUGCUGUAAUACCAUGGGGAUAAAAUUCUCCGUUUUUGAAGAUACUGCUUCUAUUUGUCAUCACAUCACGACAGUAUAAUGUGUAACAGCAAUUGUAUUCCAGGCAACAUAUAUUAAUAUGACGAGACAAUAAUUCUAUGACAAUAAUUAACAAAAUUAGUAUACUCUGAAAUUUAUUAAAGUGAUUAUUACUGAUUAAAAUAAUUUAUAGUCAACAUGAUUUAUGUAAACGCUGAAAAAAUGCCUAAACGAUAGUAAAUAAAUAUACCUAAUUAGAUUAGAUUGAUUU